ACGUGCAAGACAUCCUGUGGCACUGUGCUUGUAUACUACCGACGCUCGAGUACCGUAAAUUUAUGAGAAGAGAUGCUGCCGAAAGUGGUUGAACAAGAAAAUUUCUCCCUCCGUUCUCGCCUCGAAUAGGCAUUUUUCCCGCUCGAGUAAACUUACUGGGAGGGUGCAUCGAGUCCAACUUUAAACCCCGAUGGAUACCGCACGGACAAGAGAGGAGUGCUGUUCACUCUCCCGAGUACGAAUCCAGUUGUUGGCAGCUGGCCGGAUCGCUGCUGCUCAGUCGGGAUUUAUUCAGCUACGGAGAGUGCCGGAUGCGGGUGCCGGUAUGUCAAGGUUCUAUCAUAGCUGAACAUACGUACCGUCCAGCGUGGAUCAUGGGCUAACCUUUGACGGGUCGUCUUCGUGCUUUCAUUGACGAUAGGAGGCUAGAUUAGUUAUGUUGCAUUACAUAGAAUAGCACUCCGAAGUAUGAAUUUCUUGCAAUAUGUCCCGUGCCGUGUGGUGGGGUGGGGUGAGGAGAAAAGAAAGGGAAAACCUUUUCUUCAUAUCAUUUAAAAAGCCUCCCCUUACGCUGGCCGGAAUAGGGAUGAACUCCAGACUUCUGAAUUAACACCCUGAAAUGGAGCUACUCAAGUUUUUACUUCAUAUCGUUCGGACCUUUGGCCUUCUGGGCCAUGAAAGCGGCGACCUCGACCAGGAGAUACUGGACGCCGGCGGCCUCCUACCCGACUUGCCUAGCAUUGGGGGGGCAAACGCGCUGGUUCCUUCCGCCAACUUUGAGUGUCCGAAUUAUAGUCCUGGAGGAAUCGAGGAGAACCUAACCUCUUGCAAUACCCCUAGCGAUCGGUCGUGCUGGUUCGAGCCAAAUGAGUGGUGGGCCCCAUCGGGUUACGGCAUCAAUACUGAUUACGAGUUUAGUUGGCCGGAUGGGACGCAUAGAGAGGUAUUUAUCAACUCUGCUCUAUUUCCCCCGGCCUGGUGAGCGGUGUCAAUUAACCAAGCAGGAUUUAGUACUGGCUUGAGGUCACUGACGGCACGACUUCUCCUGAUGGAUAUCUUAAAACCAAGGCGAAAUUAGUCAACGGGACGUAUCCGGGACCGCUUCUCGAGGCAUGUUGGGGUGAUCAACUUAGUAAGUUGGCCCAUGCUAUUAGGAGACAAGGUUUCCGGGCGGAAUUAUGAUACUAACUGGGAUUAAGCCAUCCAUGUUACCAAUAAGAUGACGGAUAACGGCACUACUAUUCAUUGGCAUGGGUUCCGGCAGUGGAACAGCAGUGAAGCUGAUGGUGUGAAUGCAAGUGAUACCCUGUGAACAAAUAUCUAUCCUCUGGUAUGAUACGAUUAGCUAACCGACAAUCGCAGGGUGUCACCCAAUGCCCAAUUGCCGUAAGUUUACCUGAAGUCCCUUCUGUAAGGUGCCGUAGUGCUUGAGGCUCACAAUUCUUACAGCCCGGGAGCACCUACACGUACAAAUUCCGUGCAACGGAGUAUGGACACACAUGGUAUCACAGGUAGGGUCGAUAUCGGAGUGGUUCGUUUGAAGGGUCAAAGUUUGUUCUAAUGCCCUUAGCCAUUACUCUCUUCAAUAUCCCGAUGGAGUCCUUGGUAGGCAAUUGCUUCACCCUGCUCUGAUAUCCUAUCCUGACAUCGGUCAAUCUAGGUCCAAUAAUCAUUCACGGUCCUCAAAGUGCAAACUACGAUGAAGAUGUCGGCACUGUUCUCAUCAGCGACUGGUCGCAUGAGACAGCCUUCAUUGACUUCUUCAAAGAGCUCACUGAUGGACCCCCGCCAAUGCAGAGCAAUCUUCUCCAAGGAAGAGGUAUGUGCACACCACGCUGAAACGUGCCUAGCAUGACAAACUGACUCCUCAUAGGCCGAUUCCCUUGUGUCCAGGGAGACCCCAGAUGUGUUGGGGCUCCUGCCAAUUACUACGAGCUCAAGUUUGAAAAAGGGAAGAAGUACUUAUUAAGGUUGAUCAAUACAUCCACCGCAUCGCAGUUCAAGUUCUCAAUUGACAACCAUAAUCUCACGGUUGUUUCUGCGGAUUUUGUGCCUAUACAACCCUAUCAGACCCAGUAUUUGAACAUCGGUAUUGGUGAGCAUCAUCUAUCUGUUAGCUACUAAUUCCGGUAAUGCCGGAUAAAUAACGACUUUCUUGCUUCGUAUCUUAGGCCAGAGAUAUAGCGUAAUUGUCGAAGCGAACCCCUCCGGCACAGAUGAAUCUGUAAACAUGGACUACUGGAUUCGAACAAGUAACCCUCCCCUCCUCCCCAUUUGUAUGCAUGGCUAAAAGCCCUCAAGUCCCUGCAGUGGGCUGUAACAGCAUCCAAUUCCCCGUAGUGCGAACCGGUAUCGUUCGGUACUUCACCAACUCCUCAUACGCCCUCCCUGUAUCUACCUUCUGGAAAACACAGGUUAAUCAAACGGCUGAGCUUGAUGACUGCGAUGACGAAGAUAUGAAAAACCUCGUACCGGUCGUGCCAAAAAGUUUGAAUCCCGGGGAUUACGCGAAUAACUAUACCUCCGAUACUUAUGAAGUUGGCAUGACCGAGCCGACAACCCAGAAUCCCAUGCCCCAUGGUAACUAUAGCCGAUGGGACAUUGCCAUGCUCCCUAUGUACGUUUUUUCUUGGCUGGCUCGUGGGGGUCGUUCGUUCCUUUUCUAAGAAUAGGAGCUGACGUGCGCGAUAUUACUCACCUAGGUGGUUGGAAUGGGGAAACCCAAUAAUCCUGAAUCUUGACAAGAACGUUAGCACUCUGAGUCCGGAGUUGGCGAUUGUUCCCGAGGAUUAUCAGAAUGCGGUAUGUUCACUGCACCUGUCCCCAAGAGUGUUUUUUUGUUUUUUUCCUUUAGAAAAGAGAUGAGUUGUUCAAACAACUGACCGAAAUCUUUGUGGAUAGUGGAUCGUCCUAGUUAUUGUCGGUGAGUUUGAAACACCUGUCAUUGGGCAACAUUAUAACCCCUUUGCGAUACUGACAUAUCUCAGGCAACUUAACGCUCCCGUCCGGACACAACGUUGGAAAGCAGUCAAUUCCUACCAGGCACCCUAUCCAUGUCAGUCUUAUCCCCAAACACCUCCACCUCUUCCCCCUAUUCACUAACAAACGUGUAACCUGCGAAUAGCUUCACGGCCAUGACUUCGUCCUCUUGGCCCAAAACGAUACGGAAUGGGACACCCCGACCUGGACCGCUGCCGACGCCUUCAACAACAUGAACUACAAUAACCCCCCUCGCCGUGACGUCGCCCUCCUGCCAAAGGAAGGGUACAUCGUUAUCGCUUUCAAAACCGAUAAUCCGGGCCCAUGGGUUAGUUCAAUAAUAUCUCCUCCCGUAUACCCCCUAAAGACAUGACUGAUGCUUUUCAUUAUUCGCCAGCUUAUCCAUUGCCACAUCGCUUGGCACGCUAGCAGUGGCCUCGCAAUGCAGAUUAUGGAAGACCAGGAGAACAUUGAAAGGACAAUUAAGGACAAGCAGGCUAUUCAGGAUACGUGCGAUGCGUGGAAUACAUGGAAUGCUACUAUGAACGUGGAACAAGAUGAUUCCGGGAUUUAGAGGAAACAGCUUAUUCUCUAUGCCUUGCGGUGUGGAGGAUUGCUUGAGUAGUGUGGUUUCGGAUGGCUGUUUUUUUUUUCCCCUCCAAAAAUGAAAAUGAAAUAAAAAUAGUGGAAGGGUGUAUGAUCUUCACCGGGCGCUCACUUUUUGAUUUCUGUAGCACUAUUGCAUGGAAUUUGUGUGAUAACUCUGGCUCGGAAAGGAGGCGGUUGUUCUCCUGAGCUAACAAUCACCAUCACCGAACAUCACUCAAAGCCUCUAGAUCUAGAUGCGCUCAAAAUUGAACUCGCUGGUA